GUCAUUAAACAAUUAUUAGUGUACCUCGAAAUAAACUUUGCUUCGCUUUUGUUCGUUAGGGCUUCAACCCUAAAGGUUGACUUGUCGCACACCACCACAAUCUCAGGUAGUGUGCAGUCCGCUAACUUUAACUAUGGAGGUAAGGAUGCGCACCACCAACAGAUGUUGUGUUAUUUGCUUACAUAAGCCCCAUAGUUCAAAUUUUUUUGUAUGUCCGAUUGAGGUUAAGGAAAAAAGUUGAAAAGUGAAAUAAAAUUUUCUUUUCCUUUAAUUCUGUUUAGCAUCUAGUCCUAGUCAAACACCAAGAGGAAUAAUUAAUCAUGGGUAAAGGUAAACCAAGAGGUCUUAACUCUGCUAGAAAAUUAAGAGUUCACCGUCGUAACAACAGAUGGGCCGAUCAAUCUUAUAAAGCCAGAUUAUUAGGUACAGCUUUCAAAUCAUCUCCAUUUGGUGGUUCAUCUCACGCUAAGGGAAUUGUUUUAGAAAAAAUCGGUAUUGAAUCUAAACAACCAAACUCUGCUAUUAGAAAGUGUGUCAGAGUCCAAUUAAUCAAGAACGGUAAGAAGGUUACUGCUUUCGUUCCAAAUGAUGGUUGUUUAAACUUUGUUGAUGAAAAUGACGAAGUCUUAUUAGCCGGUUUCGGUAGAAGAGGUAAAGCUAAGGGUGAUAUUCCAGGUGUUAGAUUCAAAGUUGUUAAAGUUUCUGGUGUCUCUUUAUUAGCUUUAUGGAAAGAAAAGAAGGAAAAACCAAGAUCAUAGAUACAAAAGUUUACUCAUCAUUAUAUAUCUAUAAAAUGUCAUACCAUAUUCAAUGUUAAUAUAUCCAUCUCAUUAUUCAUGCAAUAAUUAUUAAUAUCAAUGGGAGGUUGUAUUUUAUUUGUAUAUUUCCAUCAUCAUAAUUGUAUCUUUUAUCGUUGUCAUAAUGAUCAAACAAUCCUAUUUCUUUAAAUCUCACGUGUAUAUUGAAAAACAUCAAAUAUAAUUGCAAGUCUUUCAGGUAAAUUAUUUUAUGAAUAAUUAUGGGUAAUACAUCCCAUUGUAGAAUUAAAACGUCAUACUAUCACUACUUUU